AGUGGGGACCAACAAAAAGUGGAAAAUUUCGAUAAACCAAAAAUUCCCACUGUUGGUUGAAUUGAUUGCAGCUGUGACAUUUCUUAUCGCCAAUCUCACUUGGGACGACCACCCUUUCGUCAUACCUCGAUCCGAUCUUUCCAGAGUCAGUCGCAAAACAUUGCUGCCGAUGCCGGUAUAGCUUCACUUUCAAUUCGCUUGAAGCUAUUCACUUUUAGUGUUUAAUACAUAACACAUAAUUCUAAUUCGGCAACGUUUUGGCGAAAAAGCUUUACACACACAGUCCGCGGGAUGUUCUUGUUAUAGCGACAACUCCAACUUUUCUACUUUUUGAGUGCGUCGCGACAGAGACGACAAGAUGGAUGCCAAGAAUAGCAGCGUACCUACACCAGUAGGUCCAGGCACAGAAACCACCAGCAAAAGAGACACCACCAACAAGAUGUCCCUCUCACCAAAACUAAAACAAAAACCAAUCCACUACCCCUUCUGGUUCGGAGGCAGCGCAUCCUCCAUGGCCGCCUGCGUCACUCACCCCCUCGACCUGGUCAAAGUCCGCCUCCAAACCCGCUCAGGCUCCAUGCCCACCACCAUGUCCGGCACCUUCCUCCACAUCCUCCGCAACAACGGCCUCACAGGCCUCUACUCGGGCCUCUCCGCCUCCCUCCUCCGCCAAAUCACCUACUCCACCACCCGCUUCGGCAUCUAUGAGGAACUCAAAUCCCAACUCGCCACCCGCUCCGGCGUUGAUCCAGUAACCCAAAAACCCAAACCGCCCUCCUUACCCAUGCUCAUAGCCAUGGCCUCCGUCUCGGGGACUAUAGGUGGAAUAGCAGGCAACGCAGCCGACGUCCUCAACGUCCGCAUGCAGCACGACGCCUCUCUCCCGGAGCACAAACGGCGCAACUACCGGCACGCAGGCGACGGUCUGGUCCGGAUGAUCAGGGAAGAAGGCGUCGGCGCCCUCUUCCGUGGUGUCGGACCGAACUCGCUGCGAGCAGCGGCCAUGACUGCCUCGCAAUUGGCGUCUUACGACAUCUUUAAGCGGACUUUGAUCAAGGUCGCAAAGAUGGAGGACAACCUCGCGACGCACUUUAGCUCGUCCUUUCUUGCUGGCGUGGUCGCGGCGACGGUGACGAGCCCGAUUGAUGUGAUCAAGACGAGGGUGAUGUCUGCGCACGGCAACCAGGGGCUGGGGCAGCUGCUGGGGGAGAUUUAUGCAAAGGAGGGGAUGGGGUGGAUGUUUAGGGGGUGGGUGCCGAGUUUUUUGAGGUUGGGGCCACAAACGAUUUGCACGUUUUUGUUUUUGGAAUCUCAUCGCAAGUUUUAUAGACGGGUUAAGGGGUUGGAGGAGGAGGAAUUGCCUGCUGUGAACAAGUCGUAGAGUAGGAGGGCAGCUUGGAUUUUUUUUCUGCAUUUUUGAGCGAAAACACAGCGGAUUUGGAUACUUUGUAUCACAGCACACCACAGCAACAAAGAGGAGCAUGGAACUUAUAGAAAAGACAAGACAAGACAGGAAUCGAUCCAUAGAGCGGAGGAGGAAGGGAAAGGGGGACAUCAUCUUUAUCAGUCAGUGUAUUUGUAUUUUUCUCUCGUAUACCAUGGCAAGAGAGGGGGUAGGCAUUUGUUUUUCGGCAAGGCAGGGAAGGGUGCGGCGUUCUGUCUUUUUGUCAGUUGGUAUUCUUGUACACAAAAAGAGGGUCUGUGCAAACACACACAUGUUGUUGGUUAUCUUCUUAUUUUAUCUUAUUUACCUCAAAUAUGAAGCCUUUUGAUACAAAUUA